UCUCAAUCCAAACUCAAAGAAAACAAAAACAGAAAAGCUUUGUGGUGAUGAUGUCAAUGGCUGGAGGUGCUGAAAAUGAAAGAAAGGUGGAUCAAACUCCCACUUUGGCAGUUGCUUUAGUCUGUGCUGUUUUCAUUCUUAUCUCUAUUUUUCUUGAAAAAUGGACUUCAUCUCAUUUGACAGGUACCAAAUAUUGGUUCACAGAUAACAACAAGAAGCCUCUGUUUGAAGCACUUGAGAGGAUUAAAUCAGAGUUGAUAAUUCUUGGUUUCAUUUCACUCUUGCUAUCUUUUGGAAUGAACUACAUAUCUAAAAUCUGCAUACCAGAGAAAGCAGCAAAUGUGAUGCUGUCAUGUCUGCUUAGAAAUCAGACAUUGGCUGCAGUCCAAAAUAAACACCAUAGAAUUUUAUCUGCUGUUUGUUCUUCUGGGAAGGUGGUUCUUUUUUCAUCUGAAGCACUUCAUCAGAUACACAUGUUCAUAUUUUUCUUGGCAUUCUUUCAUGUGUUUCAUUGUACUACAACGAUGUCCCUUGGAAGAGCAAAGAUUCAGAAAUUGAAAGAGUGGGAAAAGGAAACAACAUCAACCAACUAUGAAUUUUCAAGUGAUCCUUUGAGAUUCAGAUUUGCUCAAGAUACGUCUUUCGUGAAGCAGCAUUUGAGCUUCCAGAAUAGAAUCUCUAUCUUGUUCUACAUUAUUGACAUUUUCAGCAAAAUGCUACAAGAUAGAACCGUCGUGAAGUCCGCCAAUUUUCUAAUUGUGUAUUCAAUUAUGCAGAUAAUAUUAGCAGUCGAAACAAAACUGCAGAGUAUCGUAACAAAGAUGGCUAUCGAAAUCCAAGAUAGCCAUUCAGUUGUCCGUGGAAUACCUCUGAUGCAUCUCAGUGGCAAUCAUUUCUGGUUUGGUCGUCCUCAUCUUAUUCUGUUUCUGCUGCAUUUCACAUUGUUUCAGAAUGGAUUCCAAAUAAUCUACUUCUUAUGGAUAUGGUACGAAUUCGGACUGCAUUCAUGUUUCAAUGAAAACUUUAAGCUUGUGAUCGCGAGACUCUACUUCGGAAUUGGAGUCCAAUUCCUGUGCAGCUAUGUUACAUUACGACUACAUGCACUUGUAUCUCCGAUGGGUUGUCAAAUGAAGAAGAAAAUCUUCGAUGCACAGACAGCGAAAACACUCAUGAAAUGGCAGCAAAAAGCAAGGAAAAAACACGCAAACGUUACAAGCCUUAAUCCUUCUUCUCAUCCAUUUCAUCGGUAUAAAACCACUGGACAUUCAGGCCAAUCAGUAAAACCUUCACAGUUGAAACACUAUUAUGAUCAUCACAUAUCAGAUACUGAUACUGAAAUGGUUACUUCAUGUUCAACAUCAUUUUUACUUCAUCACUCAAGCACAAAUUCUGAUUCAGAAAUACACAUCAAGGAUGAAGAAGAUUAAAACAGUGACUAAGAUGAUUUCUCAU